UUACUUACUUGCUUCCUAAAAAGAAGAAGAAAAUUUAUUUAGUCGACGAAAAUUCACAUAUUGCGAGUUAUUUUUCUUUUGGAAAGUUCAAGAUUUUUUCGUAAACGGUUAUAUAUUUGCAAUCACCUGUCGAACUGUGGAAAUAAAAGCUAUUACAAGUAAUUUUGUAUAUCCAGCUCGAUAUGAUGACGGCAUCAGAAACAGCUACCAAUGCUGCUCCCUCAGAAAGAGGUCAAAGAGGUGUGAGUCGCGUCCUGGCCAAAUUAGAUAGUUCCAUAGAGUCAGGGAACUACUAUGAAGCCCAUCAAAUGUAUCGAACAUUAUAUUUCCGUUAUACAGCACAGCAAAAAUUCGAUGAAUGUUUGGAGUUGCUUUAUAAUGGAGCUUUGAAGUUAAUUUCCAAACAACAAGAAACUAGCGGUGCAGAUUUAGGUCUGCUUCUCUUGGAUACAUUGGAAAAGCGAGGUAAUAGCAAAAAGGAUGGCGAUCUGUGGGUGGAACGGAUCGGUAAUAUAAUUACAUGUCUUAAUGCUGGCUGUGUGGAACGUGAAACCCUAAUUAACCGUUCCAUUAAAUGGAGUGCAGAAGUUUCGGGAAAUUAUCCAGGUGACCCUGCCUUGUAUAAAAUUUUAGCAAAUGUGUUUUGGUCUGAAGGUAACACAGAAUUGGCUCGACGGUAUUAUAUGCUUUGUCGCGAUGGUAACCUUUGUGGCCGAAUUCUUAUCAAAAUCAACGAAACUAAAGGCUACAAGAGCGAAGUGGAUCUGUUUAUUGUACAAGCCGUCUUACAACAAAUCAGUUUGAAUGAUCGCAAGACCGCAGAGGACACAUUCACUGCAUAUACACGUUAUCAUCCAAAAAUAAGUCGCAAAGAGGCCCCGUUCAAACAACCGCUAUUGAACUUUAUCCAUUUUCUCUUCAGAUUAAUGGACACAAAGAAUUUAGAAGCCUUUAAAGCUCUAUGUACAUUAUAUAAAGCAGAAUUAGAACGAGAUCCCGCAUUCGAAAAGUACUUGACUAAAAUAGGAGUACAACAUUUCGGUGCUAAUCCGCCGGUAUCAGAAAGCCGAUUUGGGGGUAUGUUUGGUGAUGUUAUAUCCCGUUUGUUGCAAGGUAUCGAUGAAGAUGAUGACGAUGAAGGCGACACUGGCCGCGGCGUCGGGGAACGUGGUCAAGGCGAUGGUGCUCACGCUCUAGACUGACGUAAUAGUAGUCCAGUGUGGUGGGAGUAAACGACUAUAUAUGUUGCUAUGUAUAAAUAUGUUUCUAAAGUUACACUUAGUAAUUUUAUUGUCUGCAUUGCUAAUUAUUUGAUUUUUUAUUUCGUGAACAUAUAAAAAUUGUGUCCUUAA